GGCUAGGAUCUUUCUUGAGUUGAAGGGGACCGAUUUUGAUUCGUUUCCAUUCUCGUUUCUGGUCUCCAACAAGUUUGGGAUUUCAAAAAGGAACAAGAAAAACAUAAAUGGUAGCUAAAUUAUUGAGUAGAACCUCCUUGCUCUGUUGUAAUGCCAUAGCUGUCUCUGCUAAUUCAAACCGUACUCUCUUCACUCUUAGAACGCCUAAGCUUCACUUCCGAGCUCAAGGAAGAUUUAGCGGAGUUAGAAUUGAGGGUUACUUGAAUACGCGGCGUUCGGCGAUGAGUUCAACAGCAUUUCCGGCUGCAUCGGGGUCGGAGAAACUGGGGGAACAAGUUGACAGAAUCUUUUCCGGUAAAAAUGACGAUUAUGGAGGGGUGAUUGUUGAGAUGACAAGUGAGCCCAUGGACCCUUCACUCUUCGUUACGAUACUUCGGGCAUCAAUUUGUCAAUGGAGACAGCAGGGAAAGAGAGGUGUGUGGAUCAAGUUGCCUAUUGAGCUUGCUAACCUUGUUGAACCAUUAGUAAAGGAAGGAUUCUAUUACCAUCAUGCUGAACCAAAGUAUUUGAUGCUUGUGCACUGGCUACCCGUAACUGUAAAUACUAUUCCAGGAAAUGCCACCCACAGGGUUGGUGUAGGGGCUUUUGUCAUGAAUCAGAAGAAUGAGGUAUUGGUUGUCCAGGAAAAGAGUGGACAAUUCCAAGGAAGUGGUUUUUGGAAAUUUCCCACUGGAGUCGUUGAUGAGGGUGAAGAUAUAUGUGAUGCAGCUGUCAGAGAAGUAAAAGAAGAGACAGGGAUUGAUACAACCUUUGUGGAGAUACUAGCUUUCCGGCAGAGUCACAAGUCAUUUUUUGAGAAGUCAGAUUUAUUCUUUGUGUGCAUGAUGCAACCAUCAUCCUUCGACAUUCACAUUCAGGAACAAGAGAUAGAAGCAGCCCAGUGGAUGCCAUAUGAAGAAUAUGCAUCUCAGCCAUUCAUCCAACAACAUGAGAUGCUCAAGUACAUUGUUAACGCAUGUGAAGCGAAGAUACAGGACAAGUAUCACGGGUUUUCAGCCGUGAAGACAGAGACCGGCCACUCUAAGAAGAUAAGCUACUUGUACUUGAACAUGGACCACAAUUGUGAUUAUACCCAAUAACAUGUCACUAUGUAAUGAUUUCUCAGGAGUUUUCUUAUAUCUAGCCGGAUAAAAAUAUUGGAUUGGGUUCUUUAUUUUAAUGGCAUUAACGAUGUAACACGAAAGUCAAGUUAAACAUUUGCAAAGGUGUAUAAGAGGAUGGAGUUUGAUUUCUCUAUCUUCACUCUUCUGCAAGAUCAUAUCCAAGCCUUAUUCAAUCUUCUAAUUGAAAUUUAUUUCCUCUUUAUGGCUUUGUCUUUUUUAGAAGACAUUUUACUGGGAAAACACUCAAAU